AAAGCCAAACGACGCUGUCAUUUCGUUACAGCACAUUCACCACUUAUAAGCUGCAUGUCGAGUGGCGACGAUCAUCGUAUUUUCUGUGCAGAAUUAAGCUUGGAGUUUGGUAAAUGAAGAUGUUAAUGAAGCCUCCUUCCAUACUCGCCAUUACCGCGCUUCUCCUGUGGAUUGUUUGUAUAAGUCAAAGCGCUGACGAAGAAGAGUGGCUCCAUGACAAUAUUCAAGGGCUUUCAGAGAACGAUGGUUUUGGGCCCGUGGUCCAUCCUUGUUUCAACACCACUAAGAAUCAAACCGUCACCACUCCGGAAGGUCAAAAAAUCCUCUGUUUGGUACCUUCUGAGGAUGACCUGGUGAAGGACCUUGAAGCGUUGGGCGGGUUCAACAGGCGUUAUACGGCCGUCACCAAAGAACAAGUGGACAUGUACUUUGAGGAUCCUUUCAAAACUGACUCAAAGCCGAUCGAAUGGGAAAGUAAAUUCACUGGAAAACGCCGCCGUUCCAUACAUGAAAACGAAGAACGCUCCGCCAGCGAUGAAACGCUUGAACGAAAAAAGAGAAGUGUGAGCGUAGGUGUUCAGAAAUGCGAAAAGAAGGCCACUAGAACAUCUGAGAACUUCUAUCAACUCUGUGAUGAAUGUUGGUAUAUCACACAGCUGCCGCCGAAUAAGUUUCCUCGGUACAUCAACGAAAAAAUUUGUGGCACGACUGGCGCAUCCCUGAUGGAUAUCUGUGCCGGUAAUACAGGCUUUUGUAUCCAAAAAGAAAUUAUCCAAGAUCUCCUUAUCCAGACCAACCAGUAUGAAAAGAUUCCGUCACCUGAUCCUCAGUACAGCGUGGUCUACAAGCAAGUCUGGAAGCCAUUCAGUCAGAAAAUCAGAAGCUGCUGCCAGUGUCAGUCCUUUACGCCGUAGUCUGCAGGCUCAAUUGGAGAGGAGGGAGGAGAGGUAGUUACGAGGAGUUAUUUGUAGAAAUUUGGAAACCAUCACUAGCAUAAUUUUUGUCCGAUGUAGAGGUAUUCUUCGGACGUUCAUCCUGUUGCAUGAAUCUUUCAAGUUCCGUAGAGAAAAUAUAGUUUCUCUUUAUGUACAUGCGAAGAUAGUAUACCCUUUUAUCCUGUGGGUAACUUGCAAUAAAUUUAUUGAAAUCCAUUACUAAUU